CGUCCCUGAUCGUCUUCCCGGCGCGAUGCAGUUACGGCGUGUCCUACUGACCGUGGCGGUGGUGGUGCUGGUGAUGGCGGCCCUGGUUAGCGGCAAGGCGUGCUGCGGGGGUCACCACGGGGGACACCAUGGGGGUCACCACGGUGGUCAUCACGGCGGAGGGAACCACGGCGGAGGAAACCAUGGAGGAGGAGGAGGAUUUGGGGGCGGCGGCGGCUUCGGGGGAGGUAGUGGAGGAGGAUUCGGCGGCGGCUUUGGCGGCGGUGGAGGUUGGGGCAAGUGAAUUUCCAGCUGCUAAUGACCCUCUGGAAGGACAUCCCUUGGACCCACAACCCUCUCUGGAAUCCUUACCCUAUCCUUCCUCAACCUCUCAUCCUCCCACCCUUCCUUCCUCCUCCUCCCUCGAGAGCUGAGGACGCCCAACACCUGUCCUAGAGUCCUACAAUAGCAAGACACACAGUAGGAUCCCACAGCCUCCUCACAAUAGGAUACUAAAGGAUAUAUUGCCUGUCUGCCUGUGUGUCUGUUUUUAUUUUUCGAUGGUACUGAAAUGUUUGUGUUGUUUCUAAAAUGUUAAUUCCUGUAUCUAUUUUUUUCGGUUAUCAAUUUGUUUUAUCGUUUCAUAAUAUUUGUUAAUUGUUGUUAGUUUUUGUUAUUUGUUACUUUUAAUAAUGAA